AUGCCCGCGACCAAGAAGUGGGAAACCACCGACGAGCUCGACCUCUGCAUGGCCAUCAUCCUCACCGGCGGCUCGACCAACUCUUACAAGUGGCCCGAGAUCCACGAGAUAAUGACCAGCAUCGGCCACGGCUUCACCAAAGAUGCCAUCUCACAACAUUUCACAAAGGUCAUCCUGAGGCAAUUCAAGGGCCGACAUGGCUUCCCGCCCGGCAAGCUGGAGUCCGUGUCUCCCGCCAAGACCAAGAAAAGGGCGGCCGAGGAUGCUGCCGAGUCCCCGUCCAAGAGAAGGGCUGACUAG